AUCGACGAUCAAAUCUGCCUACUGAUCAAUAGUUGGUGCGAGCUGCUGGUGCUGUCGUGCUGUUAUCGGGGAGUCAGUACUCCUGGGGAAGUAAGGGUGGGCGGUGAGAGAGGGAUCACGCUACAUCAGAGCGCUAAGUUGGGUCUAACGCCGUGUAUAGAACGCAUGUUGAGUUUCACAGACCAUUUGAGGAGAUUACGAGUGGAUCGCUACGAAUACGUCGCUUUGAAAGUCAUCGUAUUGCUCACAUCAGACGCGCCGGAGCUGCGCGAGGCGGAGAAGGUGCGCGCGUCGCAGGAGAAGGCGCUGGCGGCGCUGCAGGCCUACAUCGCCGCGCACUCGCCCGCCACGCCCGCCAAGUUCGGCGAGCUGCUGCUGCGCAUACCCGAGCUGCAGCGCACCUGCCAGUUUUUUAUGCAAGUGGGAAAGGAAAUGCUCAACCCUGCAAACAAAGGCAAAGAUGGUGACGGGCCGAGCUUCAAUCUUCUCAUGGAACUGUUGAGAGGAGAUCAUUAAACCUUGAAAAAUAGAGUAGUGCGAAGAAUAACUUUUUGUCACAAAGACAAGUUAAUUGGACUGGUAUCUGAUAUCCGCUUUACGUGAUUGGAAAUUAAGAGUUCGAAGGACCAAAAUAUUAAUAUGCUAUAGGUGUCUUAUGCUGCAAAGAAUAAAGAACAAUUUCUUUCUCUAGGCUUUUUAGCAAAUCAAUUGCUAUAACAUAAAUAGCAAUAAACUGUUUUGGUCCGAAUGUCUUCGUGUAAAUUUCUAUAUAAAUUACAAAUCACUUUUUUUAAUGUACAAUACAUACAAAUUUAAUUUUGUAGUCAUCUCUUACGAUAACAAAUGAAUGCUCAAAAUUACAAUUAGUAAUGUCUACAAUGAUAAGAUUUUUCGUUGUAAGCAUGUUAGUGUUAUUCACAAGAAUAUUCUGAAACUCCCGUACAUAUUUUCCGUAGUCUAAUUAGAAUCACUUAUGCCAUGGCUUUUAACCUAACAAAUGUUUGUUUUAUACAAUAGAACCAUGUGACUAAACCAAUCUCUCUUUAUUGAUAAACAAAGUUUACAGUGUGUUAUUGAGCUAUCGAUUUUAAAUAAACAACGUGCAAUGGAAAUAUGGACUUGUAAUUAAUAGAAAAAUAUUGAAGUAAUAUUUAUUAUAUAUUGCCAAUUUCUCAUACAUUAUUAUUAGUAUAUUUUGCAUAUUUUAAUUAUCAAAAUAUUUUCAAAUUCCUAUUGAUACUUCCUAUAAAGUUUGCCAAUUCUGUAUAUACUGUGUGCAUUUAUCUUUGUACUUAUAAAUCUUUGUAUUUUUAUUUAAGCAAUAAUUCAUUUAUAAUAAAAUCGUUAUAAAUAUUUCAUUUUAUGAACAGCCUAGUAUUUUUAUAAGUUUGUUUUACUGAAUAAAUAUUUCUGCAAUUAUAAGAAGCAAAGUUAACAAUUCACCGAUUUUAAAAAUCGAUUUUGCUCUCUAAUCGAUAAAACUAACUAUAAAAAGUACAUCGACAUUCAUUACCCGAGUUGCCACAUUUGUAUUAGUGCAACGAUUUACUGCCACAUGCGUUUAUAUUGUAGGUACAUAUAUAUAUUUGUAACAAUUUUAGAAAUGUAUACAUGAAGUCAUGAAAGUGGCGUAUUCCAAAAGCAUAUUUUACAAUCAUAAUGCCUUCACAAUAAUGAUGUAUAGACAGUUUCUGUAGAAGACAAAAAUAUAGACAUUAAAAACGAAAAAUAUUGUUAUCGAUUAGUUCAUAAAACGAUUGCUAACCUAUUCACAGAACAUAAACAAUCGAUGAGAUGUAAACAGACUAUUAAUUAUUCUAAACCUGAAGAAUUAUCGAGGUUUACUAAUCGCAAAGAUUAUUAUAAACCUUACGCCUUUAAUUCUUAUGAUCGAUAAUCCAAUAAGUAUCGAUUAAUACAAUAUUUUUGAUAUAAAAUCGAUCAUUAUUUUGUAAACUUUAAUAUAAUUUAUUAUAAAUAUUAGGAUUUUCUAUGUGGGCCACAUUUAUAAUCAUUGCCAUUUCGUGUAAGUUACUUAACAUUGUAAUGUAUAUGUUGUUAAUAUUUGUGCAGCUUAGUGUAGUUAAGUAUAACAGAGGGUGAAACCUUCGGAAAUUUAUUUUUUUGUCAUAAACAGUUUUUAUGAAAAACUAUUGUAUGCGUUUUGUAAAUCACUUUUCUUCUUGCAUUCAUGAUUAUCAUUUAUUUAGUGUUGAUGAAAAACAAAUAUUAUUAAUUUAUAAAUUGUUGACUUUUCAUUACUUAUUUUGUAAAACCACAAAAUAUUAUUGAAAUACUAAACAUUUGCAUAGAUUUGAGUAAUAUUUGUAUUUCACCAACAAUUAUUUCAUAUUCUCAUUACUUUAUCAAGAAGCAAUACUUAGCAUAAAGAAACGAUAUAUUGGAAUACUUAAUUAUAUUUUGAUACGCUUUUUCUUUAUGCUACGAAUUAGCACAAAUUAUUGUAAUUAAGCUGUUCAUCAGCUUCGAGAACCAGUAACUCACUGCCGUUUUAUAAGAAAUUGCUAUGAGCAAGAUAGUAUCUUUGUUGCAAUACUUAUUAUUUUAUAAUAAAGAAAAAUAUUCUCAUUUAAGUAAAUUGUAGUUUUAGACUAAUUUAACAUAUUGUAAUAAAUUGCCUUAUCAUGUCGGUAAGCGUCAACAAGACUGCUUGUUUCAAUAAAGCGUUGUAGCAACUGAUAAAAACCGUAAGUUAUUGGUGUGAAAAUAGAAGCCUUAUACGUUUUAUGCUAUUGAUAUACUACAAAACAAUUUUGUUGCUCACUCUUAAAAUACAACGCAUCAUUAUAAAUAAAAUAUGAAUGGUAAGCCAUGUCUUCAGACGCCAUUUAAUAACGCGUGCAAACGCAUUGGUUGCAAACCAAUAAUGGUUGCAUUCUUAUUUUUUUAUAUUAUUAUUUGACACGUAAACUGAAAAAUAUUCUAAACGAGAACUAAGUAUUAGUAUGUCUGUUGCUAUAACAUACUAUGUCGGAAAAUCACGUAGGUAUGCGCAGCAUAUCGUCUUACUUAAAUAUGACACUUCUAAAAAUUGCUCGAGUAAGUACAUGUUUUUUUAGAGCAUUUAUGUUCUUGGCAUAUAUAUUAAUAUGAACCAUUGCGUUUGUACCGCGUACCGCCAUAUUAUAUCACUGGCACAAGUACUUCAAGUUAAGUUGUAAUGUCGGAGCUCAUUUAAGUUAAUUAUACGAAUGUUUAUAAAACGAUGUGCCACGCAAUUUGUAUAAAUUUGUAAUUGAGAUUUUUUUCGUAUGUGAUUGAUUCUAUUUCGCGUAUAAAUUGCCAAUAACAUAUUAUACUUAGCUGUAUGUAUAUCCGAUAGAUUAGACUACUGAACUGAUAAUUUAAGCUGUUAGAUGUAAGAGUAUAUUUUUAUAUUCAGCAUAAUGGCCGGUGUGUAAUGGAGAUGGGGUGGUUGAGAUGUCCGAAUAAUUUUUAUAUUAAAAAUUAGAAGGAACGUAAGAAUGGUAUGACGUCCACGAUUUUUGUACUUUUUACGUAUUUGUUAUUAUAUUAUAAAUAAGUAUUAUAGUGAUAUUGUAUUCUACUUUAUUUUUAGGAUUAUGAAAAGAUUUUUUUAUAUAUAGAGCAAAAAAAUAAAUUCAAUUUUGAUUUACAA